AUGUCGAGAAAGUCAUUUCCCGAAUCAGAAUUUGACGCUGAUUCGAAUGGUGGAAGUCUUGUCGCCAGCGGUUGCUUUGGUCCGGAGCCACGGUUGGGUAAAAAUUUGGCGAGAAGGGUGAAAUCCCAAAAAAUGUCGAGAAAGUCAUUUCGCGAAUGAGAAUUUGACGCUCAUUCGAAUGGUGGUAGUUUUGUCGCCAACCGUUGCUUUGGUCCGGAGCUAUGGUUGGGUGAAAAAUUGGCGAGAAGGGUGAAAUCCCAAAAAAUGUCUGGGAAGUCAUUUUCUGAAUCAGAAUUUAACGCUGAUUCGAAUGGUGGUAGUCUUGUCGCCAGCCGUUGCUUUGGUCCGGAGCAAUGGUUGGGUAAAAUUUGGCGAGAAGGGUGAAAUCCCAAAAAAUGUCGAGAAAGUCAUUUUCUGAAUCAGAAUUUGACGGUGAUUCCAAUGGUGGUAGUUAUGUCGCCAGGCGUUGCUUUGGUCCGGAGCUAUGGUUGGGUGAACAUUUGGCGAGAAAGGUGAAAUCCCAACAAAUGUCGAGAAAGUCAUUUCCCGAAUGAGAAUUUCACGCUGAUUCGAAUGGUGGUAGUCUUGUCGGCAGCCGUUGCUUUGGUCCGGAACUAUGGUUGGCUGAAAAAUUGGCGAGAAGGGUGAAAUCCCAAAAAAUCUCUCGGAAGUAAUUUUCUGAAUCAGAAUUUAACGCUGAUUCGAAUGGUGGUAGUCUUGUCGCUAGCCGUUGCUUUGGUCCGGAGCUAUCGUUGGGUGAAAAAUUGGCGAGUAGGGUGAAAUCCCAAAAAAUCUCUGGGAAGUCAUUUUCUGAAUCAGAAUUUGACGCUGAUUCGGAUGGUGGUAGUCUUGUCGCUAGCCUUUGCUUUGGUCCGGAGCUAUGGUUGGCUGAAAAUUUGGCGAGAAGGGUGAAAUCCCAAAAAAUGUCGAGAAAGUCAUUUCCCGAAUCAGAAUUUCACGCUGAUUCGAAUGGUGGAAGUCUUGUCGCAAGCGGUUGCUUUGGUCCGGAGCCACGGUUGGGUAAAAAUUUGGCGAGAAGGGUGAAAUCCAAAAAAAUGUCGAGAAAGUCAUUUCCCGAAUGA